GGCAUGGCUUUUCGGAUUCAUGAAUAAAAAACCAAGGGGAGAAGAUAAGUUCAUAGGACGCAGGGAAAGUUCUCCGCAGACAAAUGUUUGGCGCUCUUCAUUCCGCCCAUGACCGAGUACACGUAGAAAUCCCGGAGAACUGAAGCUUGCGGACGCACGGAGGGGGCUGCACACUCGGAACAAAAGCACAAGGAGAACCGAAGAAGGCGCUUCACUGAAGGGGAAUAGAGAGAGAGAGAGAGGGAGAGAGAGAGAGAGAGACUGAGAUAGAGAUCCUAUCUCACUCUCCCAGUUGAGGUCUUAAGCGGAUCGCGUCAACUGCAGGACAAUGUCUAGUAAAGCGACUUUAGCCUUACUCAUCUAUGGAAUCAUAAUGCAUUACAGCGUCAACUGCUCACCUGUGGGGCUUAGCUUUCCCAGCGUUAGACUUGACAGUGAUGUUUAUGAUGAAGAUGGAAACUCUUUACCGUCCCUGGAUUACGACAGAGAUCAAAUGGAUGUGAGGAGCCCUCCGUCUGUCGGUGACGACGUCUACUCUUUGUAUUACCCACCAGAGAAAAGAACGGAAAGGCAUGCAGACGGCAUGUUUAAUAAAGCCUACAGGAAAGCGCUGGGUCAGUUAUCAGCAAGGAAAUAUCUGCAUUCUCUGAUGGCAAAGCGUGUAGGCGGGGGGAAAACACUGGAGGACAGCUCGGAGCCUCUGUCCAAGCGACACUCAGACGGGAUCUUCACAGACAGCUACAGCCGCUACCGAAAGCAAAUGGCGGUCAAGAAAUACCUGGCGGCAGUCCUUGGGAAAAGCCUUGAAGACAUAGGUUUGCACCAAAUCCUACAAGACAUAGACUUUGAUGCCCUCCCGGACGGGGAUGAGUUUGAGGCUUUUAUGGGAGACUGGCUGAAACAGUUCUCUCCCGAAUAUCCGGUGAGUUUCAGGCUCUUUCCUGAGGCCGUGUCCUCUUAGGGGGGGGCGUCUCAUGUCCCUCCCCUUUUUUUCUUCUCACCUUGUGAUCUUGCUCCAAAACACUCUGAAACCUUCCCAACUUUCUUCUUCUUCUUCUUCUUCGACCUCAUUUGUGCUCCUGUCUCUCAAGUCUCACACAUUUUUACCUUUAAAUCCCACCUAAUCCCACAAUGUGGAGAGACUUUGCAUAGAGCGAUAUGUCAUACAUAUCAUUACCGAUUGAUGCAAAAGAAACAGGUGUCCUGUUCACGGAUGCGAGGAUGAUAUUCAAAUUAUUUUAGUAGAUCUGGGUUAGACCAGAUGAGAGCCCUGUUGGCUUUAGAAACUUUCAGUUACCCAUUUUUUUAUUUUGUUAAAGUAAAAUCCCAAAUCUGAGAUGAGGACCAGAGUACUUCUGAGGUUGUUCUUGUCCUUUUCUUCCACAGUGUUUACAGAGUGAGCUUACACCUUUUGACUCAUGUAAAGUGCCAAUCUUGUGUUUCUAUCGACUGGUUUCUUGUGUGUUUGGAAACCUCUUAUUCUGCUGAGGGUUUUCUCAUGUCUCUCUGCCCAUAUAAUAAGUAUCACUAACAUCUGAAAAGCACCGACAUCAAGCAAAUAAAAAAAAAAAAAGCAUAAAAAAAAAGAAAUGAUACUUGUUACAUGGUAACUUUAUCCAUCGAUUUGUUCUUUGUGAGAGACAUACGAGGCAGUUUGAACUUUUGUGUUUGAGCCUUCUGGGUCUAUUGUGCUUCCUUUUUUCUUGUCAUGUGAACCAAUGUAAAAACUACAGUAGAUUGCAUGAUUAAAGUAAUUGCACUAGCCACCGCAUCUGUGCAGACGACUCCAACUUAGAUGAUUUUGCUUGCUUUUUCCUGACUACUGCAAACAUACAUAACUGACCUUGUCAUUUCUGGAUGUUGUUUUGUGUUCUGUUCUCCUCACUGACAUUUCGACACGAGCUGUAUGUUUUGAACUUUGUCCUCCUUUUGAAGAAUUAUCUGAAUGUACGUUACUGCUGGCAAGAAUCUCUCAGUCUAAUGUCAUGCUUUUUUGAUUUUAUUUUUUUUUAUCUUUUAGGCUCUGUUACUAAAAGACAUUUUGUAACCCAACUGUUAAAUUGUAUAUGAAGGGAGGGGGAGAAAAAAAAACAUUUAAAGUGGUCUUUAUCUAUCAGUAACUGAUUUAAAGGAGAGGAAGGUUGAGAUGCAAGUACACAAGAGUAAAGACAUAAAGGAAAUAAAGGAAGCAAAGGAUGGGCUGAAUGACCAUAAACAUGCAAGUCUGUAAAAAUCCACACUUAAGACUAAAAAAACAAAACAAAAGUUACCCAGCUGUACACUUCUAACCAAAUUUGUGAGGAAGGGAUACACAUUUUUUUUGCAGAAAAAGCGAGCUAGGGUUUAAAAAAAACAAAAACAACAAAAAAAGUUCUUCGAUCUGUGUUUACUGUAUCAAUCUUUCUUUUAAUUUUGCAUUCUCCUCUAGGCUUUGUGACGCAGGAGGCAGUUGCGGCUGUGGUGCCUUGCAUCGACUUUAAAAUCGCCAUGAAUCACAGAUGGCUAUUUAGUGGCCCUACAAUGCUGCACAUCAUCAGCUUACAUUUCACCCUUUUGUUGUUGGUUUUUGUGUUUCACAGACGUUUGAUAGGAUCUUUAGUAGCAUCAAGCGUUCUUGCUUGCACUGCUUUCUGUUGCACUUUGUUUUUUUGUUUUGUUUUUUAGAGCACUAGUCGUAGAUUUUUGUGAAAAUAGAGAAAAAUAUCAGUUUCCCGCUCUCCAUGAAACA